UCCACGAACAGCAGAACUGCACUUGUCACUAGCUGUUUUUCAUUAAUAUGCUAUCUUUGAUCAGAUAAGGUGGUUUAAGUUUCACCUGCGUGGCAAGCGAGUUAGUACUCGUCAAUCACUGUGUUGUGUUUGAUACAGUGACGCGAAAAUGGCUGAAGGCUCCGAAUUAAUGUAUUUUGAUCUCAGACUGGUUCACGAUCACUUCGAUCGAGCACUCUUACAAGACGACGAUAUUGAUCUCAAAGCCUAUUUGGAUGCCUACAAUGAACUUUACAAAUUUUUCCAACUGAUGGGCAAUGUUUUUGCUUUUGUAUCUUCUGACUUGAAGGAAAAGAUUCAGAUACUGAAUGAUUUGAUGAAUAAGGAUGAUCAGAAUUAUACCACGAUAAAAUCCAUGAUACAAUAUGAAAAGGAGAGCAAGAUUCUGGACAAGGGAGAUUGUACGAAUGGUGCUCGUACACUGUUGAGGCUUCAUAGAGGCUUAGAUUUUAUUAGAGAAUUUUUAAGACAAUUGGGAGAAUUGUCAGACAGUGACAAAACCUCCAGCUGUUGCCAAGAUGCUUACAAUAAAACAUUAGCCAAGCAUCAUCCAUGGGUGAUUAGAAAGGCAGCAAUAGUUGCUAUGUAUACAAUGCCCACUAGAGAAUUAUUAUUUAAAAAGGUCUGUGGUACAGACGUCCAAAGGAACGUCGACGUUUUACCAAAGAUGUUGGAAGUAACCGCGGAUGUAUUUAACCGAACGCACAAUCUCUAUAAUUUUCAUCAACUUCACAGUCUACCAUAAGAAUGCAUUUAGAAUAUAAAUUACAUUGUACUUUCUUCUUGUUGCUCAAGAAAGCACGCAACAUGAGCAUUCCACAUUCGAAAUGUGAUACGUUGCCAUAUAUUGAAUAG